AUGGGCAGCAGUAACGGCAGCGCCGCCUCGGCAUCCGCCGCCGCCGCCGGAGGUGUCAGGCUGGCUGGGGUGUUACGCGCCUCUAUGCGACGGCGCCUGGUGGCGGCGGUGGCGGCGGCGCUAGUCCUCGCUACAGGCAUCGUCGCCCAGCCGCGGCGCAUGGGUAACGGAGGCGGCGGCAACGACGGCAGCCCUGCCGUACCGCCGGAGUGCAUGGACGCCGGGCUCGACCUGCAGGUAGCUGAUGGGGGUCAAUGCCCCAGGGUUAGGGUUGCGUUGCAAAGAGUAGCACUUGGGGGGCUUGGGGGCCGAGUGCUGUGCAUAUGGCCCCGCAUGAACAAAUGUACGGACGAGUUCAAUCUGGGUUUAACCGCCAUGGGCAUUGAUCCGGCCAAGGCCAGCAGCGACCCCAACUCUGUACGGACUAGCCGCGCAAACGUUUGUUUGCAGAUUGACGCCAAGCGGUUGGAGGAGUUCCUGAAGACAGCGACACCGCCCUCUGCCCAGUGCUGCGAAGCUACCUCCAAAUUCAACAACAAGUACUGCUCCUGCUCCUCCGCGGUCCUGGAUCUGGUGCUGUCCUUCACAAACGACGACAUGAACCAGUACCGCGUCCUGAACAAGUUCUUCGAGCGCGGCUGCAAGCAAAUCGGCAAGCCCUACACUUUGUACUUUGAGAGCACCUGCCCCACCAAGAAUCCGCUCGUUGCCGAACCCUCCCUGAACCGGUCCUCCUGCAGAAGUGUUGUUGAAAUGUGCCUUGUUGAAUUGGUCGUUGGCACACAACGACCGUGUCGUACACGGACCUCUGAUAUGGACUCGAUCGGUGGGACCUUGGGCGGGUGGGCAAAGAGCUGUCAGGGAGUUCAUGGGGGGGUGCGUGGAGACCCCCGAGAAUUGAAGGAUGGCGGUGGCGACAUCGAGGUGUUCGCCAUACAUGAGCUUAAGUACAUUAAAAAGCUGGAAGAGUGUAAGCUUGAGGAGCACACCAAACAACAGAUACUGACAGCACUCGAGGAGGACAGUGACGACGACCCGCCGUUUAAGACCACUACGGCAGCCGCCAAGAAGCCAGCGGACCUGCCGCUGAUCCCGCUAGAUGUCGCCGCCCAGCAGCCCAACAUGGCGCCGCCGCCGCCAUCGGCCAACAACAACAACAACAGGCCGCCGUCCCCCCGGUCCCUACUGGCUAAUCCGCGUAUGGGAACGAUGAUGAUCGCAACCCCCUCCCGCCAAAAUAACAACAACAUCAUGCAGCGCGAAGAGGAGGAGGAAGAAGAGGAGGAGGAGCGGGAACGGCAGCGGCGGCCGCAGGCGGCGGCCAAGCCGCGCAGCCGCUGGCAAGAUGAAGAGGACGAGGAGGAAGCCCAACAGCAGCAAAAACAGCCGGCCCGCCUUCAUGGCACCAACGGCAAGGCUGCCGCCAGUAUUACAGCAGCAGCGGCGCCGCCUCCGCCGCCACCUGCCACUGAGCGUCUCAUGCUGAAUGCGAAACAGGAACCCGGCGGUGCUAAGGGCGCCACUGGCGCUGCUGCCCGAGGUUCCGGAGCUGGCGUGCCACCGCCGCCGCCACCACGCGGGGAGAAGCUACAGCUCGGGGGUUCAGGCCGGCCGGCAGCUGCCGCCGGGCCAGCGGCGGCGGCGGCUUCGCCGCCGCCGGCCCCGCCAGCAAGGGCUCCCUCGCGCGAAAACGCAGAGAAGCUCUCCCUGGGGGGUCCGCCUGCCCCACUACCCGGCAGCCGAGGAAGUACGCCACCUGGUGGGGGUCGGCAGCGUACGAGUAGCGGCGGCGCUAGCGGCCCGGUUCCGACAGAGGGCCCUCGGGAGGAGUGGGAGGACGAUGACUGGGAUAGCAGCGACGACGAUGCGGAUGACGACGAGGAGGAGCACAAGAAGCGUCCGGGGGCUGGGGCCUCUGCGACAGCUCGGCCGGGGGGCCUGCACACCUCGGGCUCAGGUCCCGCACCCCCACCAGCAUCGAGCGGCAGGCGCCCCGCUGGCGUGCGCGACAGUAUCGGCAACGGCGGCGCGGCAGAGGGGGGUGGCGGCUUGGGGGGUUCGCGGCGCGUGUCAAUGGAUGAUAAGGCCCCCCGAGGCGGUGCGCCGGCAUCAUCGUCAUCAUCAGUGCGGACGAGCACUGAUCGCGGAGGAGGUGGAGGCGCGAGGGCGAGACAGCCUUCAGCAGGUUCAGCAGCCUCUGCGGCCACCGUCAGCAGCGCGCCUGCCAGGGGCAAGGCGGCGCCGCCGCCGCCACCGGCACAGGACGACGACGAUGACGACGAUAAGGAGGCGGUCCUGGCUAAACACGCCGCAGGGACGGACCAUUUGGAAGAGAACUGGGACUCUGAGGAGGAGGAGCCGCAGCCUCGUAGGCCGCAAGGCCGGGCGGUGCCGGCGCCGCCACCGACGGCGCCGUCACCUCGGGAGGCGCCGACGAAGGCGGCGGCCCCGCAUCCCCCCCAGCGAAGAAUUCCAGGCCCGCCGCCCUCCGCGCCGGCAGCAGCAGCAGCAGCGGCGGCGGCGGCUCGACCGACGACACCCAGCGCGGCGCCGCAUGCACCGGCAACAGGUAUUGCCAGGCCGCCACCUUCGGCACCCAAACAGCCGGCGGCGGGAGGGCCCGCCGUAGCUCGGUCACGCGUCGGCAGGAUUUCGCAGGAGGGCUCCCUGGUGCCGCCGCCGCCACCGCCGCCGGCAACGAAAGGCACCGGUGCUGCCGGGCCUGCCGGCGGGCGCCAGAAGCUGGAUCUCGGCAGCGGCGGGGCUGCGCCGUACCGCUCCAACGUCGUUCACGACCCGAACGCCAAGCCUGACGAUAACAAUUGGGUGGAGGAGGACUGGGACGAUGAUGAUGACUGA